CAACCUCAUGCGAUUUGAUGAAGACCUAGUGAAACAAUCAAAAUUAGUCCAAGACAAGCCCUUCAAAGACAAGAAGACCUCCUAGAAUAAUCUUCGAGGGUAAAACCAAAAGGUUCAACAAGCCCUACAGGGGCCAAAUGGCCAGGAAGAUUCGAGGAGUCCUCUUCAACACAAACGGAUCUCUCUAAGUGACUUGCAGGUCUUAACUGUAUGUCUGUGGACAAAAUCAGUGGAUGUUAAAUACUAGCACAUCAAUAUAAGUAUCUAGGGAUUCUGCAAUGUAUGCCAGAAGAUUCAGAUGUAAACGACAGAAUGCAUGGCAAAGAUUUCAUGGAGUCCAAAAUUGCUGUAAGGAUGUCUUCUAUAGAAGUGGAUGCAGACAAUUCUAUGCAUUUGAUUAUCAUACUAAUAGGUGGGGAACUCAAAAAGGUCUCCCUCUAAAAUAUUUAUUACCUUUAAGGGGAUUACAGAAAAGUGACCCAUCCAGUGUUCCAAGUCUCUGCAAUCCAAGUUUAAGCUAUAGAAGGAAUCUGAUUUCUAGUGGUCAUGCUCAAAUCAGUGGAUCAAGGAUUGGGUUUGUUUCACCCCAGGAGAUUGGAAAGCCUUUUCAGUCAAGUUUUUCAGUGAGGUUUUCUAGUUCAAAAGGUGAUGGACCAAGUAGUAGUGAGGAGAAACAUGUCCCGGUAAAGGAUGGUGGGGAUCAUGAUAAAACCAAGGAGGUUGCUGAUGAAUCUCUUGGAAAACCAGAAAUUAAGGAAUACAAACCUCCAAUUUCAGAGUCUAAGGAUCAUGCUCGUUUGGGUGAACAAGAACAGAAAGAGUGGCUUGAAUUUCAAAGGAUAAUUUCUGAAAACAGGAAGCUAGAAACAGUAUUAGUAUCUACAAAAACAAAGUUUCGGUAUGAUUAUAUGCGAAGAUUGGUGCCUUGGGAGGCGAACAGUGUGUCCUGGGAAACAUUUCCAUACUUUGUGGAGCUACAUACUAAAGAUAUUUUAUUGGAAUGUGCAACUGCUCACUUGAAAUGUCACAAAUUUGCAUCAAUAUAUGGCAAAAAUUUGAGUUCCUCAAGUUGCAGGAUUUUAUUACAGAGCAUGCCAGGAACAGAGCUAUAUAGAGAGCGAUUAGUGAAAUCCCUCGCUCAUCAUUUACAAGUGCCACUGUUAACUCUUGACAGUAGUGUUCUUGCUCCUCAUGAUUUUAGUGAAGAAAGUGCAUCAGAAGUAGAGACUGAUGAUGAAACUGAACACGGAGAAACUGGGGAAGAAUGUUCGUCAGGGUCGGAUGUAGAUGAUGAGAAUGAUGGAAGUCAUGAAGAAGAGUGGACAAGUAGUGAAGGAAAAUAUGAUGCUAGUGAUGAAGAGGAACGCCAAUCCGCUUUGGCAACAACUCUUAAAAAUCUUUCCAAUGGGCUUGAGGACUUAGAAAAGGUGAUAACGAGAGUUUCUGGGGAAGACUGUGAAGAUACAAAACAUUCUUCAAAAGAAUCUGAUGACUCCGAAUCAUCACAGAAAUCAGAAAAUGUUUACAAGAAAGGAGAUCGUAUAAAAUAUAUUGGAGUGCAUGAAGGCGGUGCAGGAAAAAACAGGGUUGCUUUGGGGAAGAUAACUACAUGCCUUGGCCCAAUCAAUGCUUACACAUACAUCAAUGGAAGGCCUUUGGGUACAGGCCAACGUGGGGAGGUUUAUGAAGUAAAUGGCAAUAAAGUUGCCAUUCUAGUUGACAGUGAAAUCCCAAAAUGGGAUGCUUCAAAGGAAGAGAAGAGUUCUGGGCAAGCUGAAAGACCUUCCUUGUACUUAGUUGACAUUCAAGACAUUGAGCAUGAUUCAGACGCAGAGACAGAAGAGUGCUUUAUUGCUGUGGAAGCCCUUCAUGAGACAAUCAUGUCACUGGGACCAGUUAUUGUAUAUUUUCCCGAUUUUUCACAAUGGUUAGCGAGGGCUGUUCCAAAGUCGAGACGAAAAGAGUUAAUAAAAAAGGUAGGGGAAAUGCUUGAUCAAAUAUCUGGACCAGUGGUUAUGAUCUGUGGACAAAAUAAGGCAGAAGCAGAGACAAAAGAUAGAGAUAAAUUUACAAUGGUAUUGCCCCAUAUUGGACGACUUACCCGGCUGCCAAUACCCCUGAAACAUCUCACUGAAGGAUUGAAAGCUGGAAAAGCAUCAAAAAUUGAUAACUUGAGUAAACUUUUUUCCAAUGUUCUUAGCAUCCAUCCUCCAAAGGAUGAGGAGAUACUUAAGACAUUCAAUAAACAGCUAGAGGAGGACAGAAGAAUUAUAAUUUCUCGAAGCAAUCUAAGUGAGCUACAUAAAGUUCUUGAGGAGCAUAAACUGUUUUGCCACGAUCUAUUACAUAUCCACACUGAUGGUGUGAUACUAACGAGUCAAAAUGCCGAGAAAGUGAUUGGCUGGGCUCGGAAUCAUUAUCUAUCCAUUUGUGGCACAUCACCUGCAGUAAGUGGUGAACGUCUUUGUCUUCCUCGGGAGAGUCUAGAAAUUGCUCUCUCAAGGUUGAAAGAGGAGGAGAGUUAUAAUAAAAAGCCAACUCAAGAUCUUAAGAAAUUAGCACGGGAUGAGUAUGAGAGCAAUUUUCUCUCCGCUGUUGUUCCUCCAAAUGAAGUCGGUGUAAAAUUUGAUGAUAUUGGGGCACUUGAAGAUGUGAAAAAUACAUUGCAAGAACUGGUUACACUUCCCAUGCGGAGGCCAGAGCUUUUCCGUGAUGGAAACCUUUUGAGGCCAUGUAAAGGAGUGCUGUUGUUUGGUCCUCCUGGAACUGGGAAGACCCUGCUAGCAAAAGCACUUGCUACUGAAGCUGGUGCAAAUUUUAUAAGUAUCACAGGUUCAACGCUUACUUCAAAGUGGUUUGGGGAUGCCGAAAAGCUGACAAAGGCCCUUUUCUCAUUUGCAAGCAAACUUGCGCCGGUCAUCAUAUUUGUUGAUGAAGUAGACAGCCUUCUUGGAGCACGUGGUGGUGCUUCUGAACAUGAAGCAACAAGAAGAAUGCGUAACGAAUUUAUGGCGGCUUGGGAUGGGCUGCGGUCUAAAGAAAAUCAGAGAAUACUAAUACUUGCUGCUACCAAUCGACCAUUUGAUCUUGACGAUGCGGUCAUCCGACGGUUGCCUAGAAGAAUAUAUGUCGAUUUACCAGAUGCUAACAAUCGAGCGAAAAUUUUGCGGGUUAUUCUUGCUCAAGAGAGAUUGGAUAGUGGUUUUGAUUUUAAUGAUUUAGCUCAUGCUACAGAAGGUUAUUCUGGCAGUGAUUUGAAGAACCUAUGCAUUGCAGCAGCAUACAGGCCUAUCCAAGAACUUCUGGAAGAAGAGAAAAAGGUUGGAAGGCAAAUAAAUCCGUCAACUUCUCUACGGAUGCUCACUGUAGAUGAUUUUAUUGAGGCAAAGAAGAAGGUUGGUGCAUCUGUUUCUUAUGAUGCUGUGAGCAUGAAUGAACUUAGAAAAUGGAAUGAACAAUAUGGUGAAGGGGGUAGCAGGAAGAGGUCACCAUUUGGUUUUGUCAACUAAACAAUAAGGAUGCAUUAAGGCGUAAACUUUAUUUAAAGGCAGCUCAAUCACACGAGCUCGAAAGUCAGUUCAGAGUCUAUUUGGUCGAUGCCUGGGUGCAUGACAGUGCAGCAUUGCAAAUUUUUGGGAAUUCAUUUUAUUCAAUGGAACUUGUUUUAUAAGUUAUUAGUUUAUUGAUCCUUCGAGUACCUAGAUGAUUCUCAUCUUUGUGAGAAUUGUGAUUUCGGGAGAGCAUGAUUAUAUAUGCUAACCAGGUUAUGAUGAUAGGUCAUGCAAAUAAGCGAAGCAAUAUUUUUCACAAGCCCCUUUGUUCAACAGUGAUUGCAUGACAUUGUAAUGUUGUAAUCAAUGGAAAAUAAGUUUUUAUUUUAUCUAAUAGAAUCUGGUUUGUCAAUCAGUGCAUCAUCUUGAUUCUUACAUACAUUUAAUUAUCCUUCUCCUGAAUGUAUUAUGCUUGAAAAUAGCUGUAAAUGCUAUUUCAAGCCAGUGACUUGCCAUGCAAAAAAGGAACCAAUAUUUAGCUGAAUUUUGUUUAGUUUCAAACUUUCAAGUAACAAAUGAGACUUGAAUAAGGAAAGCAUAUACAGAGUUUUGCAUUU